UAAAAAAUGCUGACAAAUGAGCAAAACUAGUGGCAAAGUUUAAAAAUGUAAAAUUACAAGUAAUUAGCAUUUGCGGUAAAAGUAAUUAGUCUUUAAUAUCCAUAAAUAGAGUUUUGUUGUAAAUAUGCCUGACAAGAUUGUUACACUGAAUGACAUUUUAGUCUUGUGUAAAUCAUGGAGAAAAAAAUGUAUGAUAUUUAAUUUUUGCUCAGAAAAAAAAAAAAAAAAAAAAAACCCAAACAAAUAAAACAGCACCCAUUCUGAUGUACUGAAAAACAGCAACAACGACUCAAAGCUGUAUUACACUUAUUGUCUUUGACCCAUAUCAAUUCCUUGCAUUGUUUCGUGCGUCAUGUCGCAUUGUGAAUACCUGCUUCACCCCACCACCAGAUGGCGCUACGAACUUCUGUCCCGUUCGCACAAUCGCACUGAUCUCCUGCCGUUGAACCUGCGGAGAGCUCGAGGAGGAGUCGAGAGCUCUGUCUGUGUUCUCACAUCACACACACACCCACUUCUGCCAAUCGAGCUGUUGAUCCGAACACUGAUCCAUAUUCCCUGACAGCUCGAGUUUUAAAACACUCCUCAUCAAUGCAGCAUCUUCACGCGCAGUGAGAGUGAAUUUCCACUGGGGAUCUGAAAGAAAAAGCUCUUCACAGGCAGCCUGAGCACUCGAAACAGGUGUUUGUGUGGCCACAAGGCCUAGAAGAGGACAACAAACAAGACAAAAUACAUCAUGUCCAGUGGGAAAAAUGCACCUGUCACAGAGAACUCCAGACAGAUUUCCUUACAGGUCUGUCUUGAUGAAUGCAUGGAGGCCUUGGAUCUGUUCCUCAACAACCACUUUAAUGAGAGUUUGGAUAAACUACGGCCACGGUCUAAAGAGAGCAUGUAUCACGCUCUGAUCUAUGCCACAGUAUUAGAGAUGCAGGCCAUGAUGACCUUCCAACACGACGACAUAGUGCAUGCUGGGAACACAAUGAAGAGCGCUCAGGAGGUGUGCCAGAGGUUCCGUAAGAAGUCUGGUGGUCUGAGGAGCCGAGGAGCAAAUGAUGAGGAUCUCUCAGAAGAGCAGCUCCAUGCUGAAGUGUGUUACGCUGAGUGUUUACUACACCGAGCCGCUCUCACGUUCUUACAGGAUGAGAAUAUGGUGAGUUUUAUUAAAGGAGGAAUCAAAGUACGGAACAGUUACCUCAUAUACAAGGAGCUUCACGCCUUCAUCCAGUCAGAUACAGCUUUCAAAGGACCAAGCCACAAGCACUUAGAGGGCGGAGUCUCUUUUGGGAUCGGGGCUUUCAACUUGACUCUUUCACUGUUUCCUGCCCGGAUACUCAAGCUGCUAGAGUUUGCAGGCUUUUCUGGAGAUAAGGAAUUUGGCAUCUCUCAGCUGUACACCGGUGCCACCUCUCACACCCUGCGCUCUAUGCUGUGCGCCCUCCUCCUGCUCUGUUUCUACACCUUCCUCUCCUUUAUUUUAGGUAGUACUGGCGAGGGGGAGGUGGAAGAGGCGGAGAGACUUCUGAAGCCAUUUCGCCUGCGAUACCCACGGGGAGCGAUUUUCCUUUUCUUUGCAGGUCGGGCAGAAGAAAUAAAGGGCAACAUUGAUGAGGCGGUGGCACUGUUUGAGGAUGGCUGUAAGGCCCAGCAGGCCUGGAAACAGUUUCAUCACAUGUGCUACUGGGAGUUGAUGUGGUGUUUCACCUUUAAGAGACACUGGAAGAUGGCAUACUUCUACGCAGACCUGCUCAGCCAGGAAAGCCGCUGGUCUAAGGCCAUGUACGUGUACAUGAAGGCGGCUUAUCUCAGCAUGCUUCCAGACUCCGAAUCCCGGCCGUUUGGGGAUAAUGAGGUGGAUCUCUUUAGACAGGUGCCGACAUACAAACAGAAGAUAGCUGGGAAAUCUCCACCCACAGAAAAGUUUGCCAUUCGUAAAGCAAGACGGUACAAAGCCAGCAAUCCAAUCAGACUUCCUGUUCCUGUGCUUGAGAUGAUGUACAUGUGGAAUGGCUUUUCCAUCAUCAGCAAACAGCCUGAGCUCACAGAGGGCAUGAUGGAGACGCUGUUAGAGGCGGAGCGCUCCCUACAGGCGGCUCCAGAGAACGAGUACACGAUGGACGACAUGUCUUUGAUCCUGCUUCUGAAAGGCCUGUGUCUGAAGAACCAAGGCCAGACGCAGGCCGCAGAGGACUGUUUCAGACAGGUUUACAGCAGUGAAAAGAAGCUGAAGUUUGAUCAUUACCUGGUUCCUAAUGCUCUGCUGGAGUUGAGUCUGUUGUGCAUAGACACAGGGAGGAAAGAGCAAGCCAUCAAACUACUGCAGAAAGCUAAGAAUAACUACAAAGAGUACUCGAUGGAGUCUCGGACGCAGUUCAGGGUCCAUGCAGCCCUGAUCAAACUUAAGGCUGACACCAGUGACCAAGAUGAAAUAACAUCUUUGUGAGAAGAGAUGAUCCUCUUCCCUGAUGACCAGGUCACUUUAUGGGGAGAAUGAAAGACCAAAGACGCAGUGUGGUUUUUAUCCAGUGUUAUUAUAGGAGACACUAAAAACUUCAUAUGUACAUUCUCCCCCAGGAGCUUAUUUUUGCCAAAUUGAUGUUUAUUUUAGUCAUAUAGUAAAUAGUUCGUAAAUAGACAUAAUGGAUGGAUAUUUCGAAUGUAAACCAGGGUUUAAGCUCCUUUUGUGUGAAAAUGUACAUUUUAGGGAGCAUUGGAAAUCAAAUUGAUAUUUUUUCUUCCUGUAUUUUUUUGUCAAGUCCUGUACAGGUUUAAUAAGGGAAAAUGACUGGAAAACUGACGGUGUUUACAAAAAGAAAAAAUUGGACAAGCCAUUUUACACUAAGUUUGAUUAAACAUGCUGAUUAUUGUAAGGUUGAGUGUGGGAUUGAAUAUUAUAUUCCUUUCUUGAAUAAAUCAAGAACUUUUAUAAUAAUCAGAUAGUUCCCCAACAUGCAUCAUAAAUAUUCAGUUGUCAAACACUGGUUAUUUUUUGUUAUGCAAAAUAUUUUGUUAGUAGUUAAUAUUUAUUAUUGCUAUUAAAAUUUUUCUAAAUGUAUAA